AUGCUGUCCGAGUCUCAGAACCAAGCGCUGAAGGCCCAACUCGUCGAGCAUGAAGCGCUGGUUCGCGAGAUGUAUCACUGGACCGCCACGCAUCACAUCAAGAGCACAAGUUCCAACUUUACCUUCGACGACAACGGGUAUUGCGUGACCGCGCGGCACAUGACUCGGCUAUCGGAGUCCGUGGACUCGUUCUUGGGCCACUACCAGUCGACGCUGUUGCCGUUUCAGACGUGCAUCUUGGAUUACGACGUCGCAUCGACUACA